GCAUCGCCCGUGGUCUCGGAGCUGCGGGCCGGGGCCGAUCCCGGGAACCGAGCCCGUUCCCAGCCCGUUCCAUGCCGCGCCGAACCGCCCCCCCCUCCCCGCCCGCCCGGCGGAGCUCGGCGGCCCCGGGAGCGGCGGUGGCGGGGCUGGCGGGGCUCCGGGCCGUGGCCGUGCUGCUGCUGUGCUCCGGGCCGGGGCGGGCGCAGCCAUUCGCCUUCUCCUUCCCUUUCCAGGACCCGGCCCUGCCCUGGCACCGCCGCCUCGACGACCUGCUGGGCCGGCUGAGCCCCGCCGAGCUGGUGCUGCAGGUGGCGAGGGGGGGAGCGAUGGGGAACGGCCCCGCGCCCCCCAUCCCCCGGCUGGGCAUCGGGCCCUACAACUGGAACACCGAGUGCUUGCGGGGCGACGCGGAGGCCCCCGGCUGGGCCACGGCCUUCCCCCAGGCACUGGGGCUCGCUGCCGCCUUCAGCCCUGAGCUCAUCUACCGGGUGGCCAACGCCACCGCCACCGAGGUGAGAGCCAAGCACAAUGACUUCGUUGCCACCGGCCGCUACGGGGACCACACUGGGCUCAGCUGCUUCAGCCCCGUCCUGAACAUCAUGCGGCACCCGCUGUGGGGCAGGAACCAGGAGACUUACGGGGAGGACCCGUUCCUGAGCGGGGAGCUGGCCCGCAGCUUCGUGCAGGGGCUGCAGGGUCCUCACCCCCGCUACGUCAAGGCCAGCGCCGGCUGCAAGCACUUCAGCGUGCACGGGGGCCCCGAGAACAUCCCUGUCUCCCGGCUCAGCUUUGAUGCCAAGGUGCUGGAGCGGGACCUGCGCACCACCUUCCUGCCCCAGUUCCAGGCGUGCGUGCAAGCCGGCUCCUACAGCUUCAUGUGCAGCUACAACAGGAUCAACGGCGUUCCCGCCUGCGCCAACAAGAAGCUGCUGACGGACAUCCUGCGCGGGGAGUGGGGGUUCGAGGGCUACGUGGUGAGCGACGAGGGGGCCCUGGAGCUCAUCAUGCUGGGGCACCACUACACCCGCACCUUCCUGGAGACGGCAGUCGCCUCCAUGAACGCCGGCUGCAACCUGGAGCUCUCCUACGGCAUGAGGAACAACGUCUUCAUGCACAUCCCCCAGGCUCUGGCCACGGGCAACAUCACGCUGCAGAUGCUGCGCGACCGGGUCCGGCCUCUCUUCUACACGCGGAUGCGGCUGGGGGAGUUCGACCCCCCGGCCAUGAACCCCUACAGUGCCCUGGACCUGAGCGUGGUGCAGAGCCCCGAGCACCGCAACCUCUCCCUGGAAGCUGCUGUCAAGAGCUUCGUGCUGCUGAAGAACGUGCGGGGGACGCUGCCCCUCCGGGCCCAGGACCUGCCCGGCAAACGCCUCGCGGUGGUGGGUCCCUUCGCCGACAACCCCCGGGUGCUGUUUGGGGACUACGCGCCGGUGCCGGAGCCGCGGUACAUCUACACUCCCCGGAGAGGGCUGGAGACGCUGCCGGCCAACGUCAGCUUCGCGGCGGGCUGCCGGGAGCCGCGGUGCCAGCCGUACUCGCGGGCAGAGGUGGUGGCUGCGGCGGGGGCGGCCGACGUCGUGGUGGUCUGCCUGGGGACAGGGGCGGAUGUGGAGACGGAGGCGAAGGACCGGAGGGACCUGUCCCUGCCAGGCCACCAGCUGGAGCUGCUGCAGGACGCCGUGCAGGCGGGGGUGGUGUGA